UAUUAAAAUCUUAUUAAAGCAUAAAUAUUAAUCCGAAACAUUCAUCGGCGCGAGUUAAUUAAUAACUAUUAUAUUUUUUAAAUGUAAAACGCGUUAUGACAAAAGUUGCUGUUUUAGGUGCCGGUAUUAACGGCUUAAGUUGUGCUGUAAAAAUAAAAGAAAAAUAUCCGUAUAUAGAUGUAGUAAUUAUAGCAAAUGAUUUUACUCCUAAUACUACUGGUGACGGUUCGGGAGGUUUAUGGUAUCCAUAUCUUUGUGGGAGUACAUCACCGCAGCUAUUGAGUAAGUGGGGCGGCGAGACCUACAAAUACCUACACAAGCUUUGGCUGAAAGGCGGUUACGAUGUGUCUCUUAUGCCGAUGCUCGAGCUAUACAGGCACAAAAGAGAACUGCCUAUAGAUGAAUGGGCAUCAUCGGUUUUCGGUUACAGAAUACUCGAUCAACAUCAGUUAGAUUACUUGAGCGGAUUGUACUCUGUUAAAUAUGUAGCCGGUCGCACUUUCACGACUCUAGUUGUGUAUCCACCGACUAUUCUCGCCGAGAUGUACCGACGUUUCAAACAAGUGAACGGGUUUGUGAUACAAUCAAAUAUCAACUCAUUGAGGGAUACAAAACUCAGUGACUAUAACGUGGUUAUCAACUGCAUGGGUCUUGGAUCAAGAGAUGCAGUUCCAGACUAUAAAGUGAUACCAAUCAGAGGACAAAUAUCACGAAUUGAAGCUCCUUGGAUAAAUAAUACUGUUGUAGACGAAGAUACUGGCAACUAUAUUAUACCAAAUGUAUACAACUGUGUCUUGGGCGGGACUCACCAAGAAAAUAAUUACAACAGAGACAUCAAUGAUAAUGACACUGAUUUCAUUUUGAACGGAUGCAUGGAAUUGAUGCCGGGAAUUCAACACGCAAAACCUAUUACUCAUUGGGUAGGUUUGCGACCUGGCAGGGAAAAAAUUAGACUCGAAUCAGAGGAAAAAGAUGGGAAAUUCUACAUUCACAACUAUGGACAUGGUGGAAGUGGCUUAACUUUAUUUUGGGGUUGUGCUUCUGACGUUCUUGAAAUAUUCGACAAUUACAUGAACAUAAUCAAGCAGAAAGAAAAAUCCAAGCUCUAAAUAUAUUAUUUUAUUAACAUUUAAAAAUAUCCGCU